AUGGUGACAGCUUCUGUCGUAUCCGGCGACCGCUACACCACGGGGCGCGGCCCCAAGGUAACCAUGAUGUUUGCAGAGGAUGUAGAUUCCGAUGACUCAUUGGGAGAAACCUUUGGAGGCACAACCAAGACGGACGAAGUCAAGUCUCAGCUGACAGACCGAUCCAUUAACUCCACAACAGAGGAGGAGACAAAGUCUGUCUUUACCCGAGCCUUUGGGCGGGUCGUCAAUCCAUUGAUUCAGGUGGUAGAUCUGGAUGGAGUCAUUCGAAAAAUUGACCUCAAUGAGGUCGUCAGUCGUGUGGACUUCAACGACAUUGUGGAUACUGUCGACUGGAACAAUCUUGCGGAACAGGUGGACUUUGAUGCUAUCUUUGCUAGGAUUGAUGUCAACGCACUCGUGGAGAGAAUCGAUGUCAAUGCUGCCAUCGAGAGAUCCAACCUCAAGUCCAUCAUUGCCAGAUCCACUACUGGAAUCUGUUUUCUCGCUUUGGACUCCUUUCGCGCCGUGUGUAUCAAAGCGGACCAAAUUGUACAGCGCAUGGGACGAUGCGCCCAGUGCUUCUGGUGGCGACCUGACUAUGGAAAGUGGCUUCUCCCUCCAUUGCCUACUGUGACACCCAUUACAGAUACCAUAAAACGACGUAAAGAACGCAGAUUCCGUGCUACAUUUAUCAAGUGCCCCAGGAAGUCUUCCCACUUGGCCAUCGCCGUGCAAGGUCGAAAUGCCGGUGUGUGCACCCGGCUCUUGGCCUUUGCUAUUGACAAAGGAAUUGCCAUUGGAGUUGGUAUGCUCUUCAUGCUAAUCUUUCAACGAAUCUACGAGACAUGGGAAUCCGUGUCACCUACUUCCACCAGCCCACCACAAAUCAACAAAACAUUGAACGAUCCUCGCAUUGCAUGGGUCGUUGGAAACCAACUGAUCAAAAGAGAGUUGACUCUUGGCGAGCUCCAGGCAAGUCUUUUUGAGAUGCAAGCAGCCGAAGCAGAAACCGAACAACAGAGAGAAAUGUUCCUGGUGGUGGGCCUGCCGAUUAUUGUGAUUGUACUGUUUGGAUUCAUUACAGAUGCAUUCUGCCUAUUUGUGGUUGGUAGGACCAUCGGAAAGGUCGUGAUGGGACUGAUGGUCCUGAACUCUCAUGGCGGAAAGGUGGCACAUCUCACUCCCUACCAAGCCACAGCCCGUUCCUUUCUCACCAACCUCGGCAUUCCAGCUGUGGUUGGUGCGUUUGUUUCGUUGAUUCGAGAAGACCGUAGAGGAAUCAUUGACAUUACCUGCAGUACAACUGUGAUCUAUGCUUGGGAUGCCAAGAGGUAUCGUCUUGCGGAGGAUGACUUUGCCAAAGAUUACAUGCCAUUAUUUGGUGAUCUGGAACCACAGCUAGGAUUCAGAAGCAUUGAUGUUGAGCAAUCCGAUGCGCCUUACCUUCAACCCAUGAGCUUUAGGCCUCGAGAGUACAAACCAAACCAGGAUUCGGAGACCCUCUUCAUUCCAACUGAAGCCAUGGCGGGGCGUCCAGGGAGUCGUCCUCGAAGCCUAGCCACCGUCUCAGCUUCCGCAGUGUCUAGUUCCCUUUACAGCUAG